AUGACCGAAAUGAGCGAGAAGGAGAACGAACCGGAUGACACGGCCACCCAUACUCCCCCAGGGACCGUCUCCACCCUCCAAGAAACCAAGCUCCAGCGAUUUAAGCGCUCCCUCUCUCUCAAAACCAUCCUUCGAAGUAAGAGCGUGGAGAACUUCUUCCUCCGCUCAGGCUCUGAGCUGAAGUGCCCAACAGAGGUGCUGCUGACGCCGCCAACCCCGCUGCCUCCUCCUUCUCCGCCACCUGCAUCCACAGAUGGGGGUCUACCCACCCCAGCACCUUCCCCGUGCCCAGUCCCACGCCCCUUGGCACCACUCAAACCAGUGAGGCUGCACAGCUUCCAGGAACACGUCUUCAAGAGAGCCAGUCCUUGCGAGCUGUGCCACCAGCUUAUUGUCGGAAACUCCAAGCAGGGCUUGCGGUGUAAAACAUGCAAAGUCAGCGUCCACCUCUGGUGCUCCGAGGAGAUCUCCCACCAGCAAUGCCCGGGCAAGACAUCCACCUCUUUUCGACGCAACUUCAGCUCCCCACUCCUGGUGCAUGAGCCACCACCAGCCUGUGCCAUGAGCAAAGAGUCCCCACCUACUGGAACCAUCGGGAAGGUGGACCCAGUUUAUGAGACCCUGCGCUAUGGCACCUCCCUGGCACUGAUGAACCGUUCCAGCUUCAGCAGCACAUCUGAGUCCCCCACACGGAGCCUGAGUGAACGUGAUGAGCUGACAGAAGAUGGGGAAGGCAGCAUCCGCAGCUCAGAAGAGGGGCCUGGUGAUAGUGCUUGAUGCUCUGGUCUCACCUUAAUGUCCCCAGUAUUCAUAGCCCCAGCCGAGAGCGAAGGGUCAGGACCAGAGGAGAAGAGCCCAGGACAGCAGCCCCCAAAGCUGUCCCUGCGGAAAGACGUGGGGUCCAUGUACUCCUACGUUGCACUCUACAAGUUCCUACCCCAGGAGAACAACGACCUGGCUCUGCAGCCUGGAGAUCGGAUCCUGCUGGUGGAUGACUCUAAUGAAGACUGGUGGAAGGGCAAGAUUGGUGACCGGGUUGGCUUCUUCCCAGCCAAUUUUGUGCAGCGGGUGAGGCCAGGUGAGAGCGUUUGGCGCUGCUGCCAGCCCUUCUCUGGGAACAAGGAACAGGGCUACAUGAGCCUCAAGGAGAACCAGAUCUGUGUAGGCGUGGGCAGAAGCAAGGAUUCUGAUGGCUUUAUCCGCGUCAGCAGUGGCAAGAAGCGGGGCUUGGUGCCAGCCGACUCCCUGGCAGAGAUCUGA